UUUGGUGGCAUUGUCAUCAUCUUUUCAGGUGACUUCUAUCAAUUUCCUCCAGUUGGCGGCAGUCCUUUAUACGCUCCCAUCUCCAUGUAUGCAGGGCAGACUGAUGAAGAGAUUCAGAAGCGACUAGGACACCUCGUGUGGAAAUCAGUCAACACCGUGGUCAAUCUGACAGAACAGCAGCGCAUGAAAGACGAUCCAGAAUUCGGGGAUGCUGUCAGCCGCCUGCACAAACGGAGAUGUUCAGAAGAAGAUGUGGACCUGUUCAAUUCCCGAGUGAUUAAGUCCACAACUAACCUGCGGGGUAUUGACAUGGGUGAAUCCCAGUACUCUGGAGCUGCCGCUAUUGUUUCGACAAAUGCCCUGAGGGAAGUGCUCAAUGGACACAAGGCCGCCACUGCAUGCCCUGAAACAAGCAAACUGGUUGUGUACUCAAGUUAA